AUGCUGGUGGGCAGGGCGCCGCGGGCGCAAGAGUUGCGCGGCUCGCUGGGAGAGACGCUUGCCCAUCAGCGGCCGCAGGCGGCAGCAGCGGGAGAUGGCCAGGCCGCGGCCGAGCCAUCUCGCGCGGGUGAGACGCGGCCUGCCCAUAGGGCGCCAGGGCCGCCCGCCACCUUGGAAGAGCCUCCGGACGCAGCCCUGGAGCGCGCCGUGAGCCCAGCCGGGAGGAAGCGGCCUCGAAAGCCGGCGCGCGGGCCGCCCGUCCAGCGCGCGGCGGACGAGCCACCGCAGGCGCACCCGGCAAGGCCCGUGGCGUCGCCGUGCCGCAGCGCGCCGAGCGACCUGGCGGGGCCAUGCGCGGGCGCCAGCCCCGCCGCAUUGUGCUUGCCGUCGCUCAGCGCACUGUUCGCCCAGACGAUCGCCGUGCCGCGGGCGGCACGGGCGCACGCUGGGCCGCCAGAGGGCCGUCGGGCCCGGCGGGGGCCCGCCGGUGCGCAGCGCGGGGCUGCCGAGGGAGCGUCGGCCAGCACUGCGGCGGAGGCCUGCGGGAGCGCUGCUGCGGCAGCAGGGCACGCAGGCGUGGAGGAGGUGUGGAGCGGGGCCGCGGAUGGCGGGGAUGAGGCGGAGGAGGCGAGAGGGCAGGAGGAGGGGGAGAAGCAGGAGCUCGGGGCUGCUGCGGAGGCAGGGCGCCGAUCCGCGGAAGAGGUGGAGCGUGACGCCGCAGAGGAGGACAAGCGCGAGGCUGCACAGCAAGAAGCUGGGCGUAAGGCUGCGGAGGCAGCGAAGCGGAAGGCCGCUCUUGAGGCGGAGCGCAAGGCUGCGGAGGAGGCCUUGCGCAAGGCUACAGAAGACGCGUGGCGCAGCGCCGCGGUGGAGGCACGGCGCAAGGCUACAGAGGAGGAGAAGCGCGCCGCCAUGGCCGUGGAGGCAGCGAAGCGGAAGACCGCCCUUCAGGCGGAGCGCAGGGCCGAGGAGGAGGCAGGGCGUAAGGCUGCUCUUGAGGCGGAGCGCAAGGCUGCGGAGGAGGCGAGCCGGAUGGCCGCGAAGGAGGCGCAGCGCAAGGCGGCACAUGAGGAGGCCGAGCGGAGGGCGGCAGAGGAGGCAGGGCGUCAAGCUGCUCUUGAGGCGGAGCGCCGAGCUGCGGAGGAACAACAGCGCAGAGUCGCUCAAGCGGCGAGCCGUAGGGCGGCGAGGGAGGCUCAGCGCAAGGCGGAAGAGGAGGAGGAGGAGGAGGAGGAGGAGGAAAAGGAGGGGGCGCAGCCCAAGGCAGCAGAAGAGGAGAAGGAUGAAGCAGGGCGUAAGGCUGCUCUUGAAGCGGAGCGCCGGGCUGCGGAGGAACAACAGCGCAGAGUCGCUCAAGAGGCGAGUCGUAGUGCCGCGAAGCAGACGCAGCGCAAGGAGGCAGAGCAGGAGGAGGAGGAGGAGAAGGAGGAGGAGGAGGAGGAGGAGGAGGAGGCGGAGGAGGAGGAGGAGGCCGAGCGCAGGGCUGCGGAGGAGGCAGGGCGUAAGGCCGCUCUGGAAGCGGAGCGCCGAGCUGCAGAGGAGGAGCGACGCAGGGUCGCUCAGGAGGCGAGCCGGAUGGCCGCGAAGGCGGCGCAGCGCAAGGCGGCGGAGGAGGAGGCUGACCGCAGGGGUGCAGAGGAGGCAGGGCGCAAGGUUGCUCUUGAGGCGGAGCGCAUGGCUGCGGAGGAGGCACGGCGCAGGGUUGCUCGGGAGGCGAGCCGGAGAACCGCACAAGAGGCAACGCGUAAGUCCGCAGAGGAGGAGAAGCGCAGGGCUGCCCAGAGGGAGAAGGCGGAGGCAGAGCGUCAAGUUGCAGAGGAGGCAGACCCUGUGGCUACUCUUGAGGCGAAGUUGAGUGCCGCGGAGGAGGCAACGCGCAGGGCCGCCGUGGAAGCAGCUGAGCGCAGGGCUGCAAAUGACGAGAUGCAGGCCGCAAAGGCUCGGCGAGGCGCCGUGGAGGAGGAGGCCGAUCGCAGGGCUGGUGGUGACGCUGCUGCUGCUGGAGAGGAGAGGGAGGAUGGGUGCAGAGUGGCAGGCGAUGCCGAGCAGGCUGCGGAGGAGGUCGAGCGCAGGGAUGCGGAGGAGGUCGAACGCAGGCUUGCGCAGGAGGGAGUCCUGGAAGCGGCCGGGCACAGUGCAGCGGAGGAGGCGGAGCGGCGGGCGGAGCGAAGGAGUGCGGAGGAAGAGCGCCGCAGGGCCGUUCUGGAGGCGCUGCGCAGGGCUGCGCAGCAGGCGCAGCGGUCCGCGGAGGAGGCGGAGCGGGCCGCGGAGGAGGCGGAGCGCAGGGCCGCAGAGCAGGCGCAGCGCAAGGCCGCGAAGAAGGCCGAGCGUGAGGUCGUGGAGGCAGCUCGGCGCACGGCGGCGGAGGAAGCGGGGCAGAGGGCAGCAGAGCGGGCUCGGAAGGCUGCAGGGGAAGCGCGGCGCAAGGCAGCGGAGGAGGCCGAGCGCAGAGCCGCGGCAGACGAGCGCAGAGCCGCAAAGGAGGCACUGCACAAGGCCGCCCAGCAGGCCGAGCGCAGGGCCGCAGAGGAGAAACACAAGGAGGAGCGGGCGGCAGCGGAGGACGCGCGGCACAGGGCUGCGGAAGAGGCGGGGCGCAGGGCCGAGGAGGCCUGCCAGCGGGCCACCGAGGAAGCACGGCGGCAGGCCGCAGAGGUGGCGCGGCACGGCACGGUGGAGCAGUCAGGUCUCGAGGCCGUCGGGAGUGCCGAGCGCGGGGCUGGGCAGAGAGGCGCCGAGGAGGCGACCGAGCCCAGGGGCGCCUGGGGGGAGGCGCGCGCUGCCCCGCGGGAGGUCGCGCUCAUCUCGCGCAUCCGGGAGCGCCAGCGCGCGGCCGCGACGCCGCCCGCAGCGGCGGCAAGGCGCAGCCGCUCGCCUCGCCCGCUGGGCAGCGGGAUGGCGCCCCCGGCCGCCACGACGCCCGCCAGGCGCAUCGCAGAGCUGGAGAGGGAGGUGGCGCUCUGGCGGUCCAGGGCGCGGACGGCGGGCCCCUGCGCGGUCCCGGCACCUUGGGGCGGCAGGGCGCUGAGCGUGUCGGCCUCGGCAGCCACGGCGCAGUGUCUUGCCAUUGCCCCUGGGGCCACAGACAAAGCAGUGUCCUCCGAGGAGGUCGUCCAGCGCUCGUCGCCCCAGGCGGCCGCCUCGACCCCGGCAGCCGCAGCCACGGCCCGGGGGCCCGCCACGCGGCUGUCCACCGUGAGGGACGAGACCGAGCAGGCGGCGCAGGCAGAGCGGCCUAUCCGCGUCAGCCCGCAACCCUCAUUGGCUGGAGCGGCCGAAGGCUUGACAUCGCCCCCUGCAGCGGCCUGCAAGUCGGCGCUAGCAGCGGUGCUGUCGCCUCUUGCCAUCGGGGUGGGCAAAGGGACCCUGACCACGCAGGCCUCACCCGACACCCCGGAAGCCGGAGCCACGGCCACGGCUGAAGGGCCAGCCGUAGACCCCAGAGUGCCAGACAGAGUCGACGUGGCGCAGCCCUCGCCCGCUGGCCUGGACGUCGAAUUCGCGGCCGAGGCUGAAGCCUUGGGUGAGGUUGCCGGAGUGGCAGACGGACUCGAGAUCGGGCAGACCUCGCCCGCUGGCCUGGACGCGGAAGCUGCCACCACGGCUGAAGCACAAACCGCGGCCGACCAGGUGGCGGACGCACCUGGGCAGGCCCCGCACGCAGCCCCGGACGUCGUGCAGGCCUCGGGCCUGGCCGAGGCCCCCGCCGCUGCCGCUCCCCGGGCCACGGGCCGAGCCGAGGCGGGCCAGCCCUCGCCCGCUGCCCGGGCCAGCACCGCCUUGGCCGUUCCCGCCCUGGCCGGCGCGGCCGGGGCUCGGCGGGCGGCCCCCCGUGCCGCCGCCGCGGGCGGCGCGGGCAGGCCUCCGCGGGCGACUGCGCCGAGCAGGGGCGCGCGUCGCCGCCCCGCGGCCUCGGCCGGCUCGCAGCCCGUCCUCCACCCGCCAGGCAGCCCCGCGUACGAGUCCACCGUGAUCACCACGCUGUGGCUGCUGCACCAGGCCUACUUCUCCCCGCGUUGA